CCGACACUGGAAAGUCAUGUAGAAAGUUCUCACAUGCAGAGAAAGGACUUGGAUAGUGAUUGGGACAUCAUUUCAAAACUGUUUCCAACAUGCUCCAGAUGAGUGUGUUGCUCUGUUUGCUGUCAGUUGUCAUCCCCCAGUCAACAAAUUCCUCAUCCAAGAAAGGUCGCAACAUCACCAUCCACUCCUCCCAGCUGGUUUGCAGUCUGCCAGGUCCAGUGGGGCCUGCAGGGAACCCAGGAGCCCAUGGAUCCCCAGGGGCCAUGGGACCCAUGGGGCCGCCGGGGAAGGACGGGCCAGAUGGGAAGGAUGGGGAAAAGGGAGAAAAGGGAGAUGGAGGGGAUGCAGGAAGGACUGGGAACCCAGGGAAACCUGGCGUAAAAGGCCGUGAAGGUUUUAUCGGCAAGGCCGGACCCCGGGGGCUGAAGGGGCUUCGUGGAACUCCAGGGUUGGCUGGAAAACAGGGACCAAAGGGAGUGGUGGGUGAUGUGGGCCAGGAAGGGGCCCCUGGCGGCUGCAACUGUAAUAGAGCGGCCCGCUCAGCCUUCUCCGUGGCCAUGACAAAGAGCUACCCCAAAGAACGAAUGCCCAUCCGCUUCAGCCGGAUCCUGCUGAAUGAAGGAAAUCACUACAACGUCAGCAGUGGGAAAUUUGUCUGCAUUAUCCCUGGAGUCUAUUAUUUCACUUAUGAUAUCACUUUGGCAAAUAAACACCUGGCCAUCGGGCUGGUGCACAAUGGAAAGUACAAAAUCAAGACUUUUGAUGCAAACACAGGAAACCACGAUGUGGCAUCUGGCUCUACGGUGCUCCACCUGCAGCAGGGAGACCAGGUCUGGCUGCAGAUCUUCUACUCGGGACAGAACGGACUCUUCUUUGACCCUUUCUGGACAGACAGCACCUUCACUGGCUUCCUAAUCUACCCGGACCAGGACUUUCUCAAUGAAGCUGACACCAAAGCAAAUGCUAAGGAUGACAGUUAACGCUGAAAAAUCUUUUCUAUUUGUUUUGAUUUUCUAAUUGACUCUUUCCAUUGACUUUAUUUCAGUUUUGAAUGGAUAGGUCCCCUGCUGAAGGCCUCAGUGACGUGUUGAGUUUUUCUGACACUAGGGGGCAUCCAAGGAAAGAAGAAACGCAACAACGUUUGGGAAACCACACAGCAAUUAUGUAUCACUCAUGAAAUCACAAUUCUGACAAAAGAUCUUUUCAAAAAUGUAUUCAAGAAUGGAAUUAAUAUUUAAGAUUCCUUUGUUUCAUUAGAUAAAUGCAAUUUACAGGAGCUGUGAGACUGCUGUGAGUUUUAAAUAGUGGCACAGAGCCAUAGUCUCUGAUGAAGCCAUGUUUUUAUCCACAACAAUAAAACUAAAAUCAGUAAAAAUUGUAUAUCCCAGUCUAGGGGAAACCUGAGCAUAACAGAAAGUUGGCUUCUCUUGUUUCUCCACACUUUUACAUUUAUUUGAUCUUUUAGUCUGUCCAUUGUCAUUGUCAUUUUUUUUUUACCUGCCUUUUUUUCACCCUUGUUUCAUAGCUAGUCUCGUAAAACAGUUAAGUUUUAAGUUCCAAUUAAGUACAAGCCAAAGCUGUUGUUUAAAGUUACACGAUUUGAUUGUCUGAAAUGUAAAGUCCGCAACAAGUAAAUAAUUUGAAUUUUCUAGUUGAACUAAACUUAAUCAAAAUUCGUACUCAUCCAACAACUCAACACGUCAAUUUUUACAAUGUAAAUCCAAUACAACACAACUCCAGGAUUGUGUUGCACUUGUAGUCUGCUUUGCUCUCAACCUCUGUCCAGUGGAGCCUGAUGGGAUUUAAAUCUGGAGACUGUACUGCUCUUCAUCAUGUUAAGUGUUCUUCAUUUGGUUCAUUAGGGCCCGAGCACGGACAUUGCUUUUUGUUUGAUUAUUCAGGAAAAUUCAUAGAAUUUUUUGACAGCUUCAACAUACUCAAAAUAAAUCACCAAACUUUGUGGGCGCACCAGGCCUGGUGAAAAUGUACGUAUUGUGGAGUAAUUCGAACUUUCGUGUACAAAGUCGGCCAUUUUGGCUGUUUUUAACGAACUCCUCCCAGAGUUUUAAUUGGAUUAACUUCAAAUUGGUGAGUGGAGAUUAAAACUUACUCAAAUUGUGAGUUUUCAUCACACAGUGUGACCUGGGCGGGGCGUCACAGCCCUAGUUUCUACUUAUAUUUUGAGUCAAUAUGUAUCUGUGGGAUCAACCCCUGACCAACCAGUCCGUCUUCCAUUGUUAUUCUUUUGUGAUUGCAACAUACAGCCAUUCGUCUUACAGUAUUGUUGUGGUUACAUAUCAGAUGGUGUGAUAACACUAUUACCCUUACACAGAAAGAGUGUUUGCAAUCAGCACAACUUCUUGCACUUAUUGGAGUUGUUUACAUAAACUAAUGUCAUUCACUUCCAUCACUGCUUGAAAGCUGUUUAUUAACCAAUAGCUUAAUCCCCAAAAAGGCCUAUUUUCUACAGAAUCCUAUCUGCAAUUCUGGAGAAAGAAUGGAUCAAUUUCACAUUAUAAUGUAAAAUGUUUCAUGUUUUAAUGUUUAACAAUAAAACUAACAAUAGAGAGUUA